AUGGCGCUACGGAGGGGCGGCGACGGGGUGCCGGGGCGGCUGCUGCUGCUGCUGCUGCUGGGCGCCGCGUGCUGGGUCCCGCCGAGCGCGCAGGUGAGGCGGUUGGCGCGCUGCCCCGCCACUUGCAGCUGUACCAAGGAGUCCAUCAUCUGCGUGGGCUCUUCCUGGGUGCCUAGGGUCGUGCCGGGCGACAUCAGCUCCCUGAGCCUGGUCAAUGGAACGUUCUCGGAGAUCAAGGAUCGAAUGUUUUCCCACCUGCCUUCCCUGCAGCUGCUAUUGCUGAAUUCUAACUCCUUUACAGUCAUCCGGGAUGAUGCUUUUGCUGGACUUUUUCAUCUCGAAUACCUGUUCAUUGAAGGGAACAAAAUAGAAACCAUUUCAAGAAAUGCCUUCCGUGGCCUCCGCGACCUGACUCACCUUUCUUUGGCCAAUAACCACAUAAAAGCACUCCCAAGAGAUGUCUUCAGUGAUUUAGACUCUCUGAUUGAACUAGAUUUGAGGGGUAAUAAAUUUGAAUGUGACUGCAAAGCCAAGUGGUUGUAUCUGUGGUUGAAGAUGACAAACUCCACUGUUUCUGAUGUGCUAUGUAUUGGUCCACCAGAGUAUCAGGAAAAGAAGCUAAAUGAUGUGACCAGCUUUGACUACGAAUGCACAACUACAGAUUUUGUUGUUCAUCAGACUUUGCCCUACCAGUCGGUCUCAGUGGAUACGUUUAACUCCAAGAAUGACGUGUACGUGGCCAUUGCCCAGCCUAGCAUGGAGAACUGCAUGGUGCUCGAGUGGGACCACAUCGAAAUGAAUUUCCGGAGUUAUGACAACAUUACAGGUCAGUCCAUCGUGGGCUGUAAGGCCAUCCUCAUCGAGGACCAGGUCUUUGUGGUGGUGGCCCAGCUCUUUGGCGGCUCUCACAUUUACAAAUACGAUGAGAGCUGGACCAAGUUUGUCAAAUUCCAAGACAUCGAAGUCUCUCGCAUCUCCAAGCCCAAUGACAUCGAGCUGUUUCAGAUUGACGAUGAGACGUUCUUCGUCAUCGCUGACAGCUCGAAAGCCGGCCUGUCGACAGUUUACAAAUGGAACAGCAAAGGAUUCUACUCGUACCAGUCUCUGCACGAGUGGUUCAGGGACACGGACGCGGAGUUUGUUGACAUCGAUGGGAAAUCGCACCUGAUCCUGUCCAGCCGCUCCCAAGUCCCCAUCAUCCUGCAGUGGAAUAAGAGCUCAAAGAAGUUUGUCCCCCACAGUGACAUCCCCAACAUGGAAGAUGUGCUGGCCGUGAAGAGCUUCCGAAUGCAGAACGCCCUCUACCUUUCCCUCACCCGCUUCAUCGGGGACUCCAGGGUCAUGAGGUGGAACAGUAAGCAGUUUGUGGAGAUCCAGGCUCUCCCCUCCCGGGGGGCCAUGACCCUGCAGCCAUUUUCUUUUAAAGAGAACCACUACCUGGCCCUGGGCAGUGACUAUACGUUCUCUCAGAUCUACCAGUGGGAUAAAGAGAAGCAGCUAUUCAAGAAAUUUAAGGAGAUUUAUGUGCAGGCACCUCGUUGCUUCACAGCGGUCUCCACUGACAGGAGAGAUUUCUUUUUUGCAUCCAGUUUCAAAGGGAAAACAAAGAUUUUUGAACACAUAGUGGUUGACUUAAGCUUGUGAAAGUGUGCUAGGUGCAUUAAAGAAACACGUAGCACUAGCUCUCCCAAGACAGGACCAGGGAAAAAAUUUAAAAUGAAGACAGGUUCAGAGGUCUGAAGUUCAACAUGCAUUGGGGAAAUAGUUAAAAGUUUUCAAACUUUUAGAACUCACAUUUUAAUCAGGGAUUGCAUUUAUUGGCUAACUGCAUGACAUGCCCAUUCUCCCAUUUAAAAAGACAUCUUAAAGCCUGUGAUUCUUAAGAAAAGAGUAAAGUAUUAACUCUUACCAUCUAGGAAAGUAAUAUGCUUUUUUUUUUUUAAAUGAGAAAGGAGAAAAAUUGGAUAAGAUGGGAUAGCUCUUAAAAUGAAAUAUUUUUAAAAGACCAACAAACUAUGGGCCCUUCUCAUCCCAUUUAAGCAGUCUUUCUGGUAAGAACUCUUAAAGCCAAAGUCAGCUGAAAAGAUUUGCUGAUGAUAAAUUAAAAAAUCUGGUAACACUCAGCAAUGCUAUUUGGAGCCAUCCCAAUUUCCUGAAUCCCGCCCCCUCCCACCCUUAUUAGCAGAACCUUGGCUAUUUCAUUGGCUCAUAUGGAUGCUUGUCAUGGGUGUGUCAACAAAUAAUGUUGGACAAAUUGCUUCCUCUGCUACAGAGAAUAUAUUCUGCUCACACAUGUCUAGGCCCAGCAUGGGCUAUGGACCCAGGAGCGAGACAGAGCAGUUUCUCCUCCUCUUGUGGUUCAGAGCUGACCCCCGUGGUGGCCGGAGCAACAGUGCUUGUUUGAUGCUCUCCAUGACUCAUCUGCUUCUCUGACCCCAUUCUCUGAGUGAACAGGUAACCAGCAGACAGCCCAGAGACUGAAUGGUGCUUUUUAUUCUGUCCUGUAGAGGAAUAGAGCAGGUAUUUCCAUCUGGUGAGAAUUUUUGAAGUCAGAUUUUGUGGGGGCAAGGAGGACUUGACGCAAAUCUUGACGUACUUUGAAACCUAGAGAUGGCCCUUUGAUUGAUGCAUGUCUUUGCCUUCUGGGCAACUUAAUAUUCCAAGUAAUUGAAUAGCAAUUCACCUACCUGCCCGCCUGCCUACCUCCCUACUCAUGUAACAGUCCGCUGUGUUGAGGUGCGGAUGUUGCCGCUGCCAGCACAGCCCUUCCAAAGGCACUACAGCACCCAAUUGUAGAAAAUGGGGUACUCUGGACGGCACACACCUCCCCCUCCCUGUCCUUAGCUCACUCCAGCCCAUGUGCUGCCAGGAUGCUCAUCCUGUACAGGAUGGGGGUGGGGGGCCAGCUGAUCAGUAGGGACCAGCUUUGGAGCCAGACACUCUGAAUCUCACAAAGCAGGUCUGCACUCAGAGGCCCAGGUGGCCUGGUUCAAGUGGGCCUCUCUGGGGUAGACCAUCAGGAGGCUCAUGAGGGUGGGGGUUCUGGUUUUGUGGAAGGGUCCAGGUGGAUGUUCUGCCUGGUUAGCUGGUUCUCUUCAGAGAAUGUGAAGUGAAUGCAUUUAGGAGCUUCUCUCCAAGAGUAACCCCACAACUUCUCUUCUAGCCAUGAACGUAGCAUAAUCAUUGGACUGUAUUGUUAUUUCUUUUAAUGAUUUUUUUGUUGGCCAAGUCAUGAGUAGGUAGAUGUUUUGCCGCAAAUAUGAAUGUGUUUGUUGUUUCCAGAUUUUAAGCCAUGCAGAUCGAGGCAAUAAAUAGCAUUUAGAGAACAAUGCAUUGAUGUCACAACAGCUCUCUUGGGUACAUUCUGGGACUGCAGGCUGAGGGCUUCCAGCCCCAGGACACCAGGGAUUUUAAUGAACGGGCUCAUCUGCACGUAGUGGAUUUGUUGCUUGAAACAUUCCUACUAAGUGCCAAACAGGAGAAAAGUGCUGGGUUUUCAUCGUGUACAGCACAAGUGACUCUUUCUUCUGCCUUCUUGUGCCUUCCUGGUUGUUUAAAUUGAUGGCAAAUGCCCAGAUCCUUACACUGGGGAGGCUUAAAGUGGGAUAGUCUGCUAGUCCUUGGAUUGUCAAGACGGGCAAACUCUUCUUUCUGACACAUGGAAGCCCUCAGUCAAGGCUGGGUGGGAAAACAGGCACUUGGCAAGUAGCCAAGCAGGGGACGUUUAGACUGCACUGGGGUCAGAUCAAAAUAAUGUCCUGAUUCAGACAUUUGUGGAGAAAGCAACUGAGCCCUCGGUACAGUGCUGCCUCUACUGAGCGGUGCACCAGCUUCCCAGAGUCACCUCUGAGGGUGACAUUAGGGGCUAACCAUGUGAUUCACCGUCCUGGUCACCAUUGCCCCAAAUCUGAAAAACCAGAGAGUACGGAAUG